UAAACUUGCUUUCGCCGAUAUCAGUAACAGUUAACCUUUGUCUCGGUAAAGAUGUACUUAAGACUAAUGUUAUUAUGUGUAUUCAUGGCGAAAGUGCACACAAAAUGUGAAAAAACCUUCACGUACGAAUGUGAAAAAGUGAAAGACGUUGAAAUUCACGGAUUGAAAAGUUGGGAAAGUUUAAUAAUCUCGCAGAACAAGUGCAACAAAACGACCUCGCAUACUCUCGACGAGGUACUCACACGGGAUGCUUUUAACAAAACACCUAACAUUCAAGAGCUGAUAAUCGUCGAGAAAAUCAACGCAAUUGAGGUGGGGGCCUUUAAUGGGAUUAAAAGAUUUGAUCUUCUGAAGUUUUAUAAAAAUCAACUGACGGUCCUACCUCGCCUCGCUUUCGCCGACUUACACAUUUACAAAUUGGAUUUGAGUCAUAACUCAAUCCAGAAUAUCGUGCCUGAACUCUUCAGGCGAUCAACUGUUACCGUCCUCAACUUAUCGCACAAUAAGUUAAGUACAAUCACCUUAAAUAUACUAAAUUUGCCUAGCUUGCGAUACCUAACACUCUCGAACAACAACCUGCAGUCGUUAGCCGAUGAAUGUUUCCACGAAAAUCUGGAACACCUAAACUUGGGGUCCAACGGUAUCACGCAAAUAGAGGAGGGGGUGAUUGCACCGUUGAAGAAUUUGAAGGAACUCAAUUUGUCGAACAAUAGACUGAAAGGCGUUAAAAUAGCUUACGGUAUGCCGAAAUUAGAAACCCUCGACCUGUCGCACAACGAAAUCGACCAAAUCGCCGAGGGCAGCUUCGGGCAGUUCCUCAAACUGAAACACCUAUUACUGAACCACAACUACUUAACCUCCAUCUCGCCCACAAUCUUUCCGGACCCCAACUCGAUCGUCACACUUAACUUGCACUCGAACGCCUUUAUGUAUAUAACCGAAGAGACGACCAAAGCUUUACGGAAAGUACGCGAAAUCACCACCUACGGCAAUCCGUGGGCGUGUUCCUGCCUUAAACGCUUCUACGACUUCCUUCAAGAAUAUAACAUCACGCAACCAGAAUGUGAGCAAAAGUUCUACGCCGAGGGUAAUACCGCCGUUUGCGUCAUCACCACCGACACAUGCAUGUACAACGAUAAACUUACCCAGGAGCAUUUCCAAAGCUUUCGCGUCUCUCCAAAGAAAGAAUUCUGCGGAUGACUGAUAUUCACCUCAUCGUCGACACAUCGGAUAAUUAGAAAUGGAUGUGUAUUUGAUAUUUUUGUAUAUGAAAUAAACUAGGAUUUUUUUUAA